AUGCAGAAAAAAGAUGUUACAACUGCUGGGGUGAGUAAGGGCUCACAGGCCCAAUCACCCACCACCAAAUCCAGGCCGCAGUUUAUUUCGCCGCUAAAAUCUCCUUUAGGAGCCUCGGGAAAACCUAAUUAUCCCACCCGCCAGUCUUUUCAAACUCGCACAUAUACGAGCGCAGCCGCGGCCCGCUCGCACAGCCCUCUUAGCGGCGGGACCACGGCUGCUAUUGUCGCAACCUCCGUGGGCGAAUCAGUGAGCUCCAAGUGCUUGGAACGCUUGGAGUGUCGAGACGAGUCUCUUGCGAGCGGCUUAACAGGUGCAGAAAGCCGCUCGCGCCAAAACAAUAAAACGGCUAGGUCGCUAGUAUAUAAAAGCGGCCGGGCCACAGAAGAAGGGAAAGGGGGCAUGAGGUCACGCUCUCCGUCGAGGUCCUUGGCCUCACGGCUUGUGACACCGGCAGGGGGGACCUUUCCCUCCAUAAUGUUGGACAAGGAAAAAGAGAGAACUGCAGAUAGCUCAGAGGACUUUAUUGCAAUGGAGGAAGAAAUAAAUUUAACUGCUUAUUCUGCCCUUCCACAAAGGACAAGGUCUGAUGCCACUACUAAGAUGGCUACUGUGGACACUUAUUCCAAUGAUCAUGCCACAACUAAGAUGUCUGCUACAACAUGUUUAACUACUUCCACAAACAAGAUGGCCGCUGCCACAUCUGAGACAACUGAUGCCUCAACCAAGAUGACUUCCACAAGUUUCAAAACAAUGACAUACAAGCCUAACGUGCCACUUGAAUUGGCUGAAGAUUUGCCACCAUCAGCUGGCAUGAUUAUACAGCUAAUACAGAACUUAAGGAUAGAUCUAAAAAAAUGA